CACAUUUACACAGUAGCAAGGGGAUUUGUCUAUUGGAACCCUAUUAUACAUCAAGUGGACCUAGUAAUUUCUUCCUCUCCUCAUGCCACCUAACUUACUAUACGCUAUCAUUUAUUUAGAGAUUAGCUUUAGCACCCUUCCCGUUAUAGAUCGUUUACUAAUUCCCGCUAUUACAGAUUCCCCUAUUAUCACUCAAUACCCAAGUAACAAUGUCUAAACUAUUCAUCGGCGGCCUCGCAUGGCACACAGAAGAUGCCACUUUAAGACAGAAGUUUGAAGAAUUCGGCCCCGUGGAGGAAGCGGUUGUCGUCAAAGACCGAGACACUGGCCGAAGCAGAGGAUUCGGGUUCGUCCGAUACGUGAACGAAAAUGACGCCCAGAAAGCGAUUUCCGGCAUGAACAACGUCGAAUUUGACGGACGAGCUAUCCGCGUCGACAGGGCAUCUGACACUGGCCCUCGCGGCGGUGGCGGACGAGGUGGCCCGUAUGCUCCAAGGGGUGGAUACGGACAACAACCCCAGAUGCCGUAUGCUGCCGGUCAGCCAGUUGCAUAUGGGAUGCCGAACCAAAUGAUGUACCCACCUGCUUAUGGGCGUGGAGGCUACCCACCACAGCCGGCUUACGGAACCCCCCCGCCACAAGGAUACGCACCGUAUGGUUAUCCAGACCAGCAACAAGGCCAACAAGGCCAACACCAACACCAACAACAGCCACCUCAGGGGCAGCCGCCAUACGGACAGUAAGAGCCCGGCAGACGAGACAUCAGUCAACGAGAGCUCUACAGUGAAUUUUGAUCUUCUUCUAACAGGGCAGUAGCUUGAACAGCAACCUCCCAACCGAUACAAUCGAUACUUGGAGGCCUGGCUUCCCUACAACACUUCAACGCUCAUUACUUUCAACGUCAUAAAAUCGAUCAUUUACCAUC